UAAAGAGGAAGUAACUAAAGCAGACAGAUGUAGAGACAGAGAGAUUCACACAGAGAUCAUUCAGCAUAAAGAAGACUGAACUCAACUCACAAUGAAGAUCCUCCUCAUCUUCCUCACUUUCUACCUGAUCUCAGGUCAGAGCUUUUCUCUUUCAUCACUGCACGUCACGGGAUAUUCUGGAGCAAGUCUUCUGGUUGAUUCUGGGAAACAUUGGUCCAGUGACUCUGCUAAAUAUAUGGUUAAACAUGACCCAUGGAGAACCAUAAUAGAUUACAAGAAACACAGUGAAUGGACUAGUGAAGGAAGAUUCAUUCUUUUCUGCAACAAAUAUGGAAAACUCAUGAUAUUCAUCAGAGAACUGAACCAACAGGACGCUGGGAAAUACAGAAUUAGGGUUAUGAGCAAAUGGUAUAUAGAUAUAACUUUGAAUGUGAAAAAAGAUUCAUGCUGUGUGGUGUCAAAGAAAGUGGUGGUAAAGAGUGGAGAAACUGCCACCUUCAGCUGUGAAUAUUCACAGAAUCAUAUUAAUGAUGCAAAAGUCAUAUUCAAAGAACGACAAAACUCCAUUGACACAUGGAAUGAGGAAGAAAGAUUCAGUAUUUCUGAUGACAAACAUAAACACAUCUUCAGUGUGAGAAUCACUGCUGUGACACCAGAUGAUGGAGGAGUUUAUUUAUGUGGAGUUUGGAUCAACAGACAAUCAUACAGUUACUCCAUUAUUAUUACUGUUCAUCUACAUAUUAUUAGUAAGUAG